UCUGUGUUUCGAAAGCGCUAUUAGGGUUAAAUCGAAAUUUGGGGCUUUUUAACCAGUCAAGCUUGAAAAUGCCUCGUUAUGAUGAUCGAUAUGGCAAUACGCGCCUAUAUGUUGGUCGUUUGGCUUCACGCACGCGUUCACGUGAUCUGGAACGCCUUUUCAGCAGAUAUGGCAGGUUUUCUGGGGUUUGGCCUUACUUGGAGGUCUAUGGUGAGAGGGUGGCCUUGGUGGAAUUGGUGGAAAUUCUUGCCGAGUGUAUAUGAGACUUUGGUGAUUCUUUCUGUAGUCUUAUUGCGUGUUUUUAUGCAAAUGGCAACAAUCUCAAUCUGGUGUUUAGUUCGUCUGUGACGGGCGAAGUAUCAUGCACUUGAAGUACUUAAGUAAUGAUAGCCUUACUGUUUAUGGCAACCAUUUACGCAGAGUACGAGAUGUGGACAUGAAGCGAGAGUUUGCAUUUGUUGAAUUUAGUGAUCCUCGAGAUGCUGAUGAUGCCAGAUAUAGCUUAGAUGGUCGGGAGUUUGAUGGAACUCGUCUUAUUGUUGAAUUUGCAAAGGGGGGACCGCGUGGUUCCCGGGAAUAUCUGGGAAGAGGUCCUACUCCUGGGUCUGGUCGUUGCUUUAAUUGCGGUAUUGAUGGCCACUGGGCUCGUGAUUGCAAGGCUGGGGACUGGAAGAAUAAAUGCUAUCGCUGUGGAGAAAGAGGUCAUAUAGAAAGGCAGUGCAAAAAUAGCCCCAAGGAGUUAAGGCGUGGGCGGAGUCGUUCACCUGGAUCACGUUCGCCUCGCCGUGGGAGAAGCCGUAGCCCAAGUUACAGCCGAAGCCGCAGCUAUAGUCGAUCAAGAUCCCCAGCAAGGAGAGGGAGAAGCCGAAGCCUGGAUCGGUAUGACAGAUCACUGAGCCCUCCUUACAGGAAGAGUCCACCGCCCUCAAAGGGGAGGAAGCACAGCCUUACACCUGAUCAAGGCAGCCCACGUGGGAGAGGUAGCCCUUCUCCCAGAAAUGGUAGACUCAGCACAGAGCGAGAUGGCUCAGACUACAGUCCCAGGGGAAAUAGUAGAAGUCCAGUUAGCCCCAGAGGGAAAAGCAGAAGCCCGAGUAGCCCUGGAAGGGAUAGCCCUACUGUAGGGAAGUACCCGAGCCCUACCGAAGCUAAUGGUCGCAGCCCCAGUCCAAGGGACGAUCGGAGCCCUGUUGAUUAUGAGGAUGGACGCAGUCCGUCACCCUAGGCUGUUCUGGAGAAGAAUUUGUUGUCUCUUAGACAAAACUUUGAGCAUGCAUAAACUAUUUAAAAUUUCCCUGCUUGUUCCAUCUA